AUGCUCAGGAUUACCCUGCUGAUGAUUAUGAUAUGUCCUUUGAUGGAUAUCCUUUCCACCAAUCGUAUCCGCACAGCAUUGAUCGCCCUUCUCGUCCCUAUCCUCCUUACAGCCGACGCGAUCACCGUAAAUUCGGUACCAGCAAUAGGGGACAUUGCAGGAUCUCGAGAUUGCCAUAGCUGCAAAGAAAUCGAAAAUGCUUGUUCCACGUCUGCUCCCGAGGACCAGGUCAAAUGUGCCAAGCCGAGUGUUGUAUACACCGCGGUAAAAUGUCUUUAUGCCAAUGUCAAAUGUGAGUAUGCAGACCACUACAAUGUUAGACUGGAGACACCCAGUGGACAAGUUUUGGCAAUCGGAGAACAAAGCGAGACAGUGGCUAAGUGCCGAAAUGGAAAGUGA